AUGAAAGUUAAUAAAAAAGAAAUUGUAAUCGAAAACUUACAAGAAUCUCAAGAAUAUAGUGAUCUAAGAAAAAUUUGGGCCAUUGAAAUGCGCACUAUAAAUCUACAACUGCAUUAUGGAAUUUGGGCUAAAACUUGGUGGACAACAACUAAAAUUGAAAUAGAAACUGAAAUGAAGGAGUUUUUAAUACCUUAUCGUUUAUACAUGCGUAUUGCAUGUGAAUUUAAUAGUAAAAACUUCAUUAUUACUGUUUUAUCUAGUAACAAAAAUUUACUAAAGCUGGGUUUUCAAUGCACUUGUGAAACAACUACAACAGAAAUUGAGUCAAAUCUAUUAGCAGCAGUUAAAAUAUGCUAUCAAACAAUUUUUAAAACAAAAACAGAAUACUCUGGUUCGGCCAUAAUAGAAUUUGAAAAUAUAAAUAUUAUCCAACAAUUGAUCAUUGAUAUACCAGUUUUUCCAAUAUUUAUUCAUAUAGAAAACCUUUCUGUUGUAGUAACAAACAUAGGUGAUCUAGAUGAAAACAGAAACAAUGUUGCAAUGAGUUCAUACCAUGUAGAUAAUGUGACAGAAUCGCCAGUUCUAUAUUUGCAUGAUCUAAAAAGUAACUUAUGGAAUAAGUUUUAUGAAACUUAUCCAAAUGGUAUGAAACGAACCACCUUCAUGAUGCAACUGCAGAAAUGUACAAACCUUAAAUACCAUGAUGAUCUUGUUGAAGAUGAUAAUGAAGAAGGGUGGGCACUAAAAGGCAACCAAAAAUUAGAUAAUAGAGGGAGAGCGAGAAUAAAAAAAAAUAUAAAAGCUAUGUUAGAAUAUUUCUUUUUAAAUAGAAACAGAAGAAAUGAAGAUAAAAUGAGUGCACGAGAUAUGCAUUAUGAACUUCUGAAAUUCGUUGAAAUUGGUGAGAUAGAAAAGGCGGAUAUCCUAAAAAUUGACACGAUUCAAAAUUGGAUAGGUUUGUAUGCUCGUGCUGUUAAGUGA